AUGUUAGAACACUGUAUUUCAUACUGUUCGCACUGUUCGCACUGUUCUUCUGUUCUACUCUUCUACUGUUCAUGCUGUUCUACUGUGCAUAUUGUUCUACUGUCCACACUGUUCUUCUGUUCAUAUUGUUCUACUGUUCAUUUUGUUCUACUCUUCUACUGUUCUACUGUUCUACUCUUCUCCUGUUCAGCUGGCUAUCUCGGCCAUCCCCUCUCUCCCUUUCCUCUUUUGUCGGCUUAUUUCAUAUUUUACACAUCGCUCCUACAUGCUACAUCUCCUCAUCCUUCUAUCUCGUCUAUCCAAGCUAUUAUUUAUUUAUUUGUUUUGUUUUCUUUAUUUCUUUCUUUUUAA